AUGGCCACAACCACAGUCACCGGUCAUGGGCGUCGGGCAUCCAUGCGACAAGCGGAACUACAAGCGCAAGCGAAACCCUCUUCUCAACCGACGAGUAGUCCAAUCGAUGAAUUCCCUCCCUACGAAGAAACUCUCGACUCCGCCGUGGGGACCGGCCGCCCGAAUCCAAGUCCCUCCGUGAAAUACGCAUCCAAUGAUCUGUGGGAACCACGGAAAUCGACCUUCUAUUCGAGAGACCAUUCCGUCAGUUCCAUAAGAAACCCCAAACAUCGGCCUCGAAAAAGUAUCAGCGAGGCUAUCACCACGAUCCGGGCUCGCAACGGCAGUAUGAGUGCCAACGCACAUGAGUUAGCGGAGGCUCUUCGCGCCCCGGUAUCAUAUCGAUUGAUUGGCCUCUGUAUGAUUUGGUACCUAACGUCCGCGCUCACCAACACGUCCUCGAAAUCCAUCUUGAAUGCCCUCCCAAUGCCCAUCACGUUGACCAUCAUCCAAUUUGCAUUUGUAUCAUUUUGGUGUCUGCUACUCGUAUACCUGUCCACAGUGAUACCCAGACUGCGACAGAGCGUGCCGAUUCUCAGGCACGGCAUCCGCUAUCCCUCCCGCGAGGUGAUCUCCACUGCGUUGCCCCUGGCCGUCUUCCAGCUAGCCGGACAUAUUCUCAGCUCUAUGGCAACCUCUCAAAUCCCCGUUUCAUUGGUUCAUACGAUCAAGGGACUCUCACCUUUGUUCACUGUUCUGGCGUACCGAUUCCUGUUUCGCAUUCGAUAUGCACGAGCUACCUAUUUGUCGCUAAUUCCCCUCACCUUUGGGGUUAUGCUUGCAUGCUCCACGGGACUGUCAACGAAUUUCUUUGGGAUUUCUUGUGCAUUCCUGGCUGCGUUGGUCUUUGUGUCACAGAACAUUUUUUCGAAGAAACUCUUCAAUGAGGCAGACCGAGCCGAGUCCGAUGCAAACCCGGCAAGGCGAAAGCUGGACAAGCUGAAUCUGCUUUGCUAUUGCUCCGGCCUGGCAUUUUUCCUAACUUUACCCAUUUGGUUCGUCAGUGAGGGCUACCCCUUAGUGUCCGAUUUCAUCAAUGACGGAGUGAUUUCUCUGUCCGGCAAACAAGGGUCGCUGGACCAUGGGGCUCUGGUGCUUGAAUUUGUCUUCAACGGCGUCUCACAUUUCGCUCAAAAUAUCCUGGCCUUUGUGCUGUUGUCUAUGGUGUCACCCGUCUCUUAUUCAGUUGCCUCCUUGGUCAAGCGGGUGUUCGUCAUCGUGGUCGCGAUUGUGUGGUUUGGAAGCACCACCACCUCCAUUCAGGCUGUUGGAAUUGGCCUCACUUUUGUGGGCCUUUACCUGUAUGAUCGCAAUAGCCACGACGAUGUGGCUGACCAGCGCGCGAAUGCAGACCACUUUCGCGCGCGGGAGUCGAUUCUCCCCACAAAUGUCCAACACUCCAGCAAGCCGUGGGACUCGAAUGGCUAUUCUUUCCCCGGCCCACGAUCGUUUGAAUCCUUCACUUCUAAUAAUGGCCAUCCCACCAACAGCUCCAAGAAGGAAGACGAUGGCCACGGACGCGCCCGACCUCGCGGAGCUAGUGUUUCCCGGACUUGGCUCCCGGGAACCAAACAAGAAUCAACAUGGCAGAGAAAUGAUUCUCCCGUUGCUACAUAG